UUCCCAACUUCAUCCAUUCCACAAUUCCAUGAUUCGAUUCCACAGUUCCAUGAUUCGAUUCCACAGUUCCAUGAUUCCUUGAUCCCACAAUUCCAUGAUGCUCAAACCUUCAUGGUCUUGGAGGCCUUUCCCAACCUCAGCCAUUCCACAACUCCAUCAUUCCGAAUUGCCAGGAUUCUCCGAGCUCAAACUCCGUGUUCUUGGAGACCUUUCCCAACCUCAGCCAUCCCCCGAUUCCACGGAUGCAAUCCCAGCUCUCAUUCCCCGCCUUUCCCCCGUGAAUCCCAACAUUCCCGGCUGCCACAAAUCCUCCCUCGGGCCUCACCUCUCCCUUUUCCCUCCCUCCAGCGACCUCCAGGCUCCCUUGGAAAGCUUGGAAUUGGCCUUCUGCUCCCUCGUUCCCGCCGACCUCGCCUUCCUCUCCCAAAGCUUCCACGCUCCCGCCCUCAAAAGGUUGGAUCUGAGCGGCCACGACUUCUCCCAAGGCCUCCUGGAGCCGCUCCGGCUGCUCCUGGAGGAAACCUCGGCCUCGCUGCUGCACCUGGAUCUCAUGGAAUGCCGCAUGGCCGACUCGCACCUGGACGCGCUGCUCCCGACGCUCCGGCGCUGCUCCCGCCUGCGCUUCCUGGGACUCUACGUCAAUUCCCUGUCCACGGCCGCGCUCAAGGAUCUGCUCCAGAAAACCUUGGAGCUGCCCGAUCUCCACCUGGUCGUGUAUCCCUUCCCCGUCGAUUGCUACAAGCCGGAGCCCUCGGAAUUCGAUUGGAAUUUUGAGGAGCCCAUGGACGGGGAGCUUUUGGAGGCGGUCGAGGCAGAGUUUUCCCAAAUGCUGGCGAAUUCCGGGAGAUCCGACCUCGUCUGGACUUCCAAUCCCUACGGCCACGGAGCCCUGGACUAUUUCUCCUUGUGACUCGGGAAAAGCUCCAUCCCUCUUCCUCCUCCUCCCCAAAAUCCAGUUGUUUUCCGCCUCAUUCCGGUGGUUUUUCCUUUUAUUUCGGUGCUUUUCCGCCCGAUUUCGGUUUUUUCCCGCCUCAUCCCGAAGUUUUCUGUCUUAUUUCAGGAUUUUUCCUCCCCCAUCCCGAUAUUUUCCCCCUCAUCCCGGAAUUUUUCCGCCCCGUUUCGGUGUUUUCCCACCCCCAUCCCGUUGUUUUUUUCCCCCCCUCUCUUUUCGCAGAACUUUUAUUUCCACAUCCAGACGGACAAAAAAAAACCCCCCAGAAUUCCCUUAAUUCCCGUGGGUUGUUAAUGAUUUACGAGUUAAUUAUUAAUUAAGGAUUAUUAAUUGCUGGUUGUUAA